AUGUCUGCAGUCAUCGGAGAGGAUGUCGGCGGUCGAGUCGGGUACACCGUGAGGCUGGAGCGCAAACGGAGCCGAGACACUGUUGUGGAAGUCAUGACCACCGGGGUGCUGCUUCGGCGCCUUCGUCGAGACCCGACCCUUGCCGGCGUCGGCGCAGUCAUCAUCGACGAGGCACACGAGCGGUCGAUCGAGAUGGACGUCGCGCUCGCAACCGCAGUGAGCUUGAUCCGCUCCGGCGCCCGGUCCGACCUGCGCCUGAUCGUCAUGUCCGCGACGCUCUCCGACUCCCUCCGCGAGCGGCUGUGUUCCGUCAUGGCCAGGGUACCGGUGUCGGCUGCCAGCGCGCCCGCGUCGGACCGCAGCACCCCAGCUCCAGUGGUGUCGUCAGAGGGGCGUCUCUACCCCAUCGAAUUUCGGCGUCUGCCUGCGCCAGCUGUCGGAGAUGGCGACUUGGAGCGGGCAGUCGCGGCGGCCAUCGCUGAAGCUCUUCGAGUGCCGGGCAACGGAGAUAUCCUGACGUUUCUUCCAGGGGAAAGUGAAAUCGAGCGCACGAUGACCGAGUUCGAGAAGCUGGACGCCUCGGUGGCAAAAGGCGUCUUGCUGCUGCCGCUUCACGGCGGUCUAGACAAGGCGGCGCAGGACCGGGUGAUGCGGCCGGAAGGUCGAUCACAGCGGCGCGUGAUUCUGGCGACGAACAUCGCCGAGUCAAGUCUGACGAUCGCCGGCGUCAGGGUGGUCGUGGACUCGGGGCUGAAGCGGCGAUCGGUGUACGAUCCGGACAGAGACCUGCACCGCCUCAAGACGGUGCCGAUCAGCCAGCAGGAGGCGGCGCAGCGAGCGGGACGCGCAGGACGACAGGCGCCUGGUGUUUGCUUCCGGCUAUUCGACGACACGAAGCUGGCGGCAGAGUCGCCGGAAAUCAUGCACGGCGAGCUGACCACACUGGCGCUGGAUAUGCUCGACACGCCUGCCGAGCGAUGUCUGGGCGACGAGUCGGUGUGGCUGGAUGCACCAGACCGCGGCAGGCUGUCGUCGGCGUUCGACCUCCUCGCGGACCUCGGUGCCUGCACCGAGAUCCCCGGUGCUGUGGGCGGCGAGGGCGGCGAGCUGAGCGCAGUGCCGCGCAGGUGGUCAAUCACCGCCGCAGGAAGGGCGAUGUCGCGGAUUGCCGCGCACCCUCGCGCUGCUCGCAUGCUGCUAGCCGCACAGGGCUCGAAGGACAUCGAGGAAGUCGCCGCAGUCCUCGCUGCGCUGCUGACGGAGCGCGACGUGCUGUUUGGCGACGGGCGUGUCAGCGCAGACGUGACGCUCCGCGUCGCCGCUGUCCUCGGCGACGACGCAGUGCUCGAGGCUGCCGGCGUCGCCCGCCGCUUCGUCAGCCGCAACGGCGUGCGUCGUGUUCGCAUGCUGGCGCGGCAGCUCUUGUCACAGCUGCGCACCUCAAUGGACCGCGACAGCGAGUCCUCCUCCGACGAAGGCGUCGCGCAACUCGGCCCAGCGCUCUCCUUGAGCCGCCCCGAUCUGCUCGGGGUCCUCCUCGCGCACGCAUAUCCGGACCGGCUGGCCACUCGGUCGGGCUCCUCCAGUCGCGCUACGUCGUUCCGGAUGGUCAACGGGGAGACGGUUGCGCUCAGGGGCGCGUCGGAUUAUCUGGCGGAGUCGGAGCUGCUCGUGGUGUCGUCGGUUGGGGGCAAUACGAGGGGCAGGGCGGGCAAGACGAGCCGGAAUCUGCGCGUCUUCAUGGCAGCAGCAGUGGAGAGGGCGUCUUGCAUGGACCUGCUGGCCGAGAAGCGCCGCGUUUGCUUCUGGAACAGCGGACAAGGGCGGUUGACGGUGCGGGAGGUGGUUGCCGUGGGCGACCUCGUGUUUGCGUCCGAGGAUGUUGACUUCGACGCGCACAGGGACAGAGACAGGGCGCUGGAGGCGGCGCUGGACGGCAGCAGGCAGCUUGGAGCGAGCGGGCUCAAACUCGUCGGCCCCAAGGUGUCACUCGUGCGCCAGGUGCAGAACUUAGCCGCCAGUGGGUACGGCGCCGCAGAGGGCGAGGACCUCCCGCAGCAAGCGUCCGAGUUGCUCAAAGCGGACUUCACGGACGCUGCGCUGGUCGGGGAGGCGUCGCUGGUUGUCAAGGCAGCAUUCGAUGCCGGCGAAGCCCCCCUGACGGUCGAGGACAUGUUGAGCGUCGUCAGCGAGGAGGUGGUCGUGGGGCGCAUCGUGGCAAGAGUCCUCGGCGCAGGGGCGGACGCGGGAGAGGUGUGGGCCGUCCUCGAGGCGGUCUGCGCCGAACAAAGUCCCGCGAUGUCGGUCCGAGGCGCAGGGGGCAGCGAGAAAAAGAAGCCGAGACGCAGGGGAGGGAAGUCGGGGCGCAAGCGUCGCGGACGGUAG